AUGAGGCAUCCGAACCUUGUCACUCUGAUAGGAGCGUGCAGGGAGGCCAGAGUGUUGGUCUUCGAGUUCUUGUCAAACGGAAGCCUAGAGGACUGUCUGCAGCGCGAGAACCGAAGAGAGGCACUCUCAUGGCGAAUGCGCGUCAGAAUUGCUGCAGGCAUUUGCACGGGACUUAUCUUUCUCCACUCCAACAAACCAAAAGGCAUCGCACAUGGUGAUCUCAAGCCUGACAAUGUCCUUCUCGACGCCAACUUUGUUUGCAAACUGGCAGACUUUGGGAUCUCUCGCCCCUUGAAUGUCACAAACACCACUAUCACCCCUUACCACCGAACAAACCAACUCAAGGGCACAAUGGGAUACAUGGAUCCAGCAUAUAUUCCCUCAGGGGAGCUCACGGCACAAUAUGACGUCUACUCCUUUGGAGUAGUGCUGAUGAGAUUGCUAACUAGCAAGAGCCCCCUAGGCCUUCCACAUGUCGUGGAGGCAGCAUUAAGAAAAGAUAAGUUGGAAGACAUAAUCGAUACUUCUGCUGGGGAAUGGCCACCUAAGUACACUAAAGAGUUGGCAAAACUAGCAAUGAGAUGUUGUCGUUAUGAACGAAAGGAGCGGCCUGAUCUCGGAAAGGAGGUCUGGGAUGUCUUGGAAGCUAUGAUGAACUGCCCAGACGAUAAAUGCAAGCCACCAAAGUUUCUCAUAUGUCCAAUAACACAGGAGAUCAUGAAGGAUCCACACAUUGCUGCCGAUGGAUACACGUACGAAGGUGCGGCCAUCAAGCGCUGGUUUAAAAUGGGGAACAAAAUGUCCCCCGUGGCCCGCGUCAGCUUCGCGAACCAUGAGUUGAUACCAAACAACGCCCUCCGCUUUGCAAUUCAAGAAUGGAAAAAGCGACAGCAACCAUGA